AUGUGCUGGACUUGGGACCAUUACACGGAACUGAAACAGCACCUCAAACUCAUGAUUACCAAUCCCGAGCUGAUCUUUGGUGCUAAUGUGGCCCCCAAGACAGCUUGCUUUGGUGGUCGGCUCUGUUUUAAUCCUGCUGCUAUGGCUGCAGCAUUCAAACUUGCCUCCAAGCUUGAGCAUCUGUGUCCAAUCACACUAGCCCUAUUCCAGGGAGCACUCAACAAGUGGGAAUCAUUCACAACUGAAUAUGCGCCAGGUGGCACAAUUGACCAAGCCAGUACUGAGGAGCAUGAUGCUGCAUGGAUGCCUGCAAUAAAUGACGCAAACAAGGGGGCCCUUGGCAUAUUCCGGCUGCGUGCACAAGAUAAGCCUACCUUAUCAAUGCAUCAGCACAAUGCAAUCACACAAUUUUGCCACAAUGACACGCAGUUGUUUGUGGACGCAACAUUCACCUCAGAAGAUUUUUGCCAUGCCAUGCACCUCGUGAGAGAAAUUGAUAGCACUGGACUCGAGAAGAAGUGCCACCUUGAGAUUAUUCAGCAUGAAGAGGGUGAGGUCCAAGCAAAGAGGCAGAGGGUUGCAGAGGCAGCAGAAGGAAGCACAGAAGAAGGCGAGCCGAGAGGCUGA